AUGGCAUCUUCAAGCGAGCGCAAGUUAGAGGAGAGAUCGGUAGUAUCCUCCUUUAUCUGCUCAACCGCUGGAGAAUUCAAAGUCGCUCUGUUUCGCCGUAGCGAGAAGGUCAGGACAUAUCCGCAUCGUCUAGCUCCCAUUUCAGGCAGCAUAGGGAGCAAGGAAACAGCAGUGGCGGCAGCAUGGCGCGAGCUCAAAGAAGAAACGACCCUCACGGUCGAUGAAGUUGAACUGUGGCGACAAGGGAAGCCAUAUACUUUCCGCGACCCGUCUGUUGGACGGGAAUGGAUUAUCUUCCCAUUUCUAUUCCGACUCAAAACUGGCGACGAGGGUGGUCGCGGAGAGCAAGCUAUCCAAAUUGACUGGGAACAUGAAAGCUGGCAAUGGUACAGUCUUGAGACCAUUCAAGAUGAGAAGAAUCUAGGUGGAGUACCACAUCUGCAAGAUAGCUUGCGCCGUGUCUGGUUUGAAUAUGACAUGAACGAGAGCGCUAGCGAGGCACUCAUAGCAGGCAUGGGACAACUGAGGUCAGAUCACCAGAGCGGAUCCCACGAGAUGACUACGAUCGCGCUGAGGGCUUUCAGAGACGUCGUUGCACAGUUGCAGGGCGAUAUCGAUACAAAAUGGUGGGAAACUGCUCGCAUGGCUGCAUGGCAUCUGUGGAAGAAUGGACGGGAAAGUAUGGGAGCAGCUACAUUGAAUGCUUUUCUGGGAUUACUGGCGGAUAUGGAAGAAAUCAUAUCCCAGAAUCUCGACCGUGGUGCUAAAGUGGAACGCUUGUUGACCUUGCUCGAUCACCAUAUCUACAAGCGGAAAGAGAUGCCAUUGCGCAUCAAACAAUCCUUUGAGGCAUACCUCCAAUCCAACUUCCUGCCUACAGCAGAGUCGACACUUACACCCUCCCUCGCAAUCCUCAUAUUCUCGGCCAGCUCCACCAUACGGGAUACUAUUCUAGAUGUCUUCGAAUCCCUGCCGGUUCCUAAUCUGGACAUCCGGGUGCUCGAGUCCCGGCCACUGUGCGAAGGUGUCAACAUGGCAUCUUCCAUCCUCUCGGCCUUCCAGACAAAAUUCCCUCCGUCUUCCAAGAGACAGCUGGAACUAACCUUGCACACUGAUGCAUCUGCCGCGCUAGCCAGCAAGGGACUAGACUUUGUCCUACUUGGAGCAGACGAAAUCUCACACUUAGGUUCAGUCAGCAACAAAACCGGAUCAUUGCCAGCUGUGCUUAGUGCUAAGCAUGUCUGUCCAACCAGCAAAGUCUUGGUCCUCAGUGAAUUGGAGAAAGUGGCAGAACCUCGCGCGGAAACCCAUCAUAGCCGCGAGGAGAAUGACCCCAAAGAAGUUGUAGGCUGCUGGCUGCACGGUGGUCUUAAAGGGGUGAAGACCCUUGUUGAAGGUGCCAAGGUGUCUCUUCUGGAUGAAGUCAACUAUACAGUCCAAGUCAAAAAUGCCUACUUCGAAUGGGUUCCGGCUGAACUCAUCGAUGGAUUUGUCUGUGAAGAGGGGACUUUGGACCCCACUGCCAUUCAAGAGAAGGCCCAACAGGUAAAGUUGAAAACGGACAGAUAUUUCGGUGACCUUUAG